AGCGCUCGUGCGCCAGUCUUCUUGCAGCGGGCGUACGGCCGGCUGCCUGUUGCAGUGCGCGGUACGAACUAACACACGCGAGUUCGCGGUCAUAGGCUCGAACGAACAUCGAAAUCGACGGUCAGUGCGGUGACCAUGAUGAUGGACAACGGGGUGAUAACAAAUAACUAUGAUGGGGGGGUGUACGGGGAUGGAUACAUGGAACAGGAGGAGGAGUGGGAGCGCGAGGGUCUACUAGACCCGGCUUGGGAGAAGCAACAGAAAAAGACCUUCACUGCAUGGUGCAACAGCCACUUGAGAAAAGCCAAUACCGGCAUCGAAAACAUCGAGGAAGACUUCCGCAAUGGCCUGAAGCUCAUGUUACUGCUGGAGGUGAUCUCCGGCGAGACCCUGCCCAAGCCCGACCGCGGCAAGAUGCGUUUCCACAAGAUCGCUAACGUCAACAAAGCCUUAGACUUUAUUGCAUCUAAAGGCGUAAAAUUGGUAUCUAUUGGUGCCGAAGAAAUCGUCGACGGCAACCUUAAGAUGACUCUUGGUAUGAUUUGGACAAUCAUUCUGCGAUUCGCUAUCCAAGACAUCUCAGUAGAAGAAAUGACCGCUAAGGAAGGUCUGCUACUCUGGUGUCAACGUAAGACUGCACCAUACAAGAAUGUGAACGUCCAAAACUUCCACCUUUCGUUCAAGGACGGUUUGGCUUUCUGCGCCCUGAUCCACAGGCACAGGCCCGACCUCAUCGACUACAGCAAGCUGUCCAAGGACAACCCUCUCGAAAACCUCAACACGGCCUUCGACGUGGCUGAGAAGUACCUCGACAUCCCCCGCAUGUUGGACCCCGACGACCUUAUAAACACACCAAAGCCGGACGAGCGCGCCAUUAUGACCUAUGUGUCGUGUUACUACCACGCCUUCCAAGGCGCGCAACAGGUACAAAUGCAGAACACGGCGAUGCCGGACGAGCGAGCGGUCAUGACUUACGUCUCCUCCUACUACCAUUGCUUCUCUGGCGCUCAGAAGGCUGAAACGGCCGCGAACCGUAUCUGCAAAGUUCUCAAAGUGAACCAGGAGAACGAACGCCUCAUGGAAGAGUACGAGCGUCUCGCCAGUGACCUCCUGGACUGGAUCCGCCGCACCAUGCCCUGGCUGAACAGCCGCCAGACCGACAACUCUCUUGCCGGGUGCCAGAAAAAACUGGAGGACUACCGUACUUACAGGCGCAAGCACAAGCCACCGCGCGUUGAACAGAAAGCCAAGCUGGAGACCAACUUCAACACCCUGCAGACCAAGCUGCGACUUAGCAACCGCCCCGCCUACAUGCCUACCGAGGGCAAGAUGGUCUCUGACAUCGCCCAAGCAUGGAAGGGCUUGGAGAUCGCCGAGAAGGCGUUCGAGGAGUGGCUCCUCAGCGAGAUGAUGCGUCUUGAGCGUCUCGAGUACCUCGCCCAGAAGUUCAAGCACAAGGCUGACAUCCACGAGGACUGGACUAGGGGCAAGGAAGAGAUGCUCCAAUCGCAAGACUUCCGUCAGUGCAAGCUGUACGACAUCAAGGCGCUGAAGAAGAAGCACGAGGCCUUCGAGUCCGACCUCGCCGCCCACCAGGACCGCGUCGAGCAGAUCGCCGCCAUCGCACAGGAACUCAACACGUUGGAGUACCACGAGGUGGGCAGCGUGAACGCCCGCUGCCAGCGCAUCUGCUCGCAGUGGGACCGGCUCGGCGCGCUGACGCAGCGGCGGCGCGCGGCGCUGGACGACGCCGAGCGCGUGCUGGAGCAGAUCGACUUGCUGCACCUCGAGUUCGCCAAGCGCGCCGCGCCCUUCAACAACUGGUUGGACGGAACCCGCGAGGACCUUGUGGACAUGUUCAUCGUUCACACCAUCGAAGAAAUCUCCGGCCUCAUGGACGCGCACGCUCGCUUCAAGGCCACCCUCGGCGAGGCUGACAAAGAGUACCAGGCGAUAGUGAACCUGGUACACCAAGUCGAGUCGAUUGUUAAGCAGCACCAGAUCCCCGGCGGCUUGGAGAACCCCUACACCACACUUACAGCCCACGAGCUGAACCGCAAGUGGUCCGACGUGAGGCAGCUGGUCCCGCAGCGCGACGGCACGCUCGCCGCCGAACUGCGCAAGCAACAGAACAACGAGACGCUGCGCAGACAGUUCGCGGAGAAGGCCAACGCCGUCGGGCCCUGGAUCGAGCGACAGAUGGACGCCGUCACCGCUAUCGGCAUGGGACUGCAGGGCUCUUUGGAAGACCAGCUCCGCAGGCUCAAAGAGUACGAAGCCGGCGUGUACGCGUACAAACCACACAUCGAAGAGCUGGAACGUAUCCACCAGGCCGUGCAAGAGGGCAUGAUCUUCGAGAACAGAUAUUCGCAAUACACAAUGGAGACCCUGCGCGUGGGCUGGGAACAGCUGCUGACGUCCAUCAACCGCACCAUCAACGAGGUGGAGAACCAGAUCCUGACGCGCGACUCCAAGGGCAUCACACAGGAACAACUCACAGAGUUCCGCGCCUCCUUCAACCACUUCGACAAGAACCGCACUGGCCGUUUGUUACCCGAAGAACUCAAAUCGUGCUUAGUCUCCCUUGGCUACAGCAUCGGAAAGGACAGACAAGGAGAACUCGACUUCCAACGCAUCCUCGCUGUCGUCGACCCCAACAACACAGGAUAUGUGUCGUUCGACUCAUUCCUGGACUUCAUGACGAGGGAAUCAACAGACACAGACACCGCUGAACAAGUUAUCGACAGCUUCAGGAUUUUAGCUGGUGACAAGCCGUACAUCACGGCGGAGGAGCUGCGGCGCGAGCUGCCGCCGGACCAGGCGGAGUACUGCGUGGCGCGCAUGCCGCCCUACCGCGCGCCCGGCGCGCCGCCGCACGCGCUGGACUACAUGGCCUUCUCCACCGCGCUCUACGGCGAGACCGACCUCUAGACGCAGGUUACAGGAGACAUAAUCUUGUCAUCAUCUCCAAGUCAUCAGUCAGAGAAGGGCAUCAAGGUUGAAGCCAGCACGUCAGGUCACCGCACACGCAACUAACUUACAAGAUCAGAGACAGUAAAUGGUGUUGGUGUAAAAUACCACAAAAAUUAUUUCUCUUACAUUGACCACCCCAAGAUACGCCCUAAACUCGGUCAAUGUAAAUCAAACAAUUUUUGUAUUGAGUAAAGUUAGUGUUAAAUCAGUUUUUAUAUUAAAUGUUAUGUGCAAUGUUCAAACCAAAAAUGCGAUUAACUUUCAUACCGGACAACUCUUCUCCCUAACAUUAACUUUUGGCUCAAAUCACGAAAAUCAUAUAUUUACAACAACUCUAUUUAUACAUUAGCAUUAGGUAUUUUUAACUUUUAUAUGAAAUUCUCAGAGAAGUCACAAAAAUUUAUUUGUAAGAUAAAAUGGUGCUAAUGUUAGGCUUGACUAAUGUGUGACACCAAAAUAAGACUCAUUCACAUUGUGAGGAUGUUUUUGUUAUAUUUUUUUAUUUAUAAGCAAACAUUAUUUAUACAAAUCAAAUUUUAUUACUGCCACUAGUAAUUUUUAGUAUAUCAAUGGUAGAUACCAGUAUGUUUAGUUGUCUAAAUUUAUAAAUGUUGCAGGGAAGUGUCACACACAAAUUAUUUAUAUCAUAGAUUGCCAUAGCUUGCCUGCAUCUAUUUAUUUAUCAUUUUUUAUAUGAUUAUUGUUUGUGAGAGUAUUUUGGAAUGAGUACUCCAAUAAAAUGAUCUGCCAUAUUUUUGUCUUUUAAUAUUGACUGUGUUUUAAAUUCAAACUAUUGUAUUAGGAUGAGGUAUGUAGAUUAAGAUCAAAUUAUAUGCCCAAAAAGUAUACUAACUCGAAUGUACAGCUAAUUAAAUAAAGAGCUCUUAAA